AUGGCCGCCGCUCUCAUCACCGCCUUAGCCUUCGCGGCCGCGUCGGUCGACGGCCUCGCGGCGACGACGAUCAGCCUGACGCCGACGCCCGUGCUCUACGUCUACGACCACUGCCCCUUCUGCGUGCGCGCGCGCCUCGCGCUGGGCCUCAAGGGCGUGCGCCACGACGUGCGCUUCAUGGCCAACGACGACGUCCCGCUGCCCACGUCCCUCGUGGGCAAGAAGAUCGCGCCGAUCUGGGACGACGGCUCGAGCGCGCCCUACGCCGAGUCGCUCGACAUCGUCCGCAACGUCGACGCGGACGACAAGUACGGCCCGCCGGGCAUGUUCAGGGAGAUGUCGGACCGCACGGACCUCAAGGCCUGGCAGAAGUCCGUGCAGCAGCCCCUGCGCCUGCUCCAGCGGCCGCGCUACGUCAAGACCUACCUGCCCGAGUUCGUGACGCGGUCGUCGAAGGACGCGUUCGUCAAGAACCACCAGCUGCCGCCCUCACGAGAAGCCGGACUGGAAGAGCGACAAUCCAACGACGCGGCCUUGAUCGCCGAGGUCAACGAGAAGCUCAAGGACCUCGAGCCGCUCAUCUGCUGCGAGGACUGCUGCACCGAGGGCGGCCUGAGCCUCGACGACAUCGACCUCUGGAGCCGCCUGCGCAGCCUCACCAUCGUCAAGGGCCUGGUCUUCCCGCCCAAGGUCCGCGCCUACAUGGACAACCUCGCCGAGAAGGGCGACUGCCCGCUCUACGACGCGAUCGCCAUCUAG